GUGUAUUCCUGUGUUUCUCUGCAUCCGUGUCCCCUGUAUUCCUGUGUCCGUUUGUGUCCCUGUAUCCGCCAUAUCCCUGUGUCUCUCUGUAUUCCCAUGUUCCUCUGUGUCCCUGUAUCCCUGUAUUCCUGUGUCUCUCUGUAUUGCUAUGUUUCUCUGUAUCCCUGUAUCCCUGUAUUCCUGUCCCCCCCCCGUUCCCACAGCCGUGUGUAUCCGUGUAUUCCCUGUCCCAGCAUUCCCGGGGUUCCCUCACCCGUCCCUGUUCCCGCAGUGAAGCGGCGCCGGGGUCCCCCCAAGGCUCCGGAUCAGGAUCCCCCCGGGAGCCGCCCGGCCCGGACCGGGAGCGCCCAGUUCAUCCGGGAGCUGCGGGGACGCACCUUCCCCAGUGCGGACGAGGUGCUGCUGCGGCCGGGGGGGGCCCAGCUGACGGUGGAGUACCUGGAGGAGAACAGCUUCAGCGUCCCCAUCCUGGUGUCCCGGCAGGAGGGGCUGGGCAUGACCCUGCCCCCCCCCUCCUUCACCCCCCGAGACGUCCUGCACUACGUGGGGGCAGACAGGGUGGUCUCAGUGCUGGAU